AUGGAGAUUGCGAAGACCAAUUCAUUGGGUGGCAUUUUGAAGACAAACUUUUCAGUGCCAGUCCAUUUCAAAGAGAAGAAAAACAAACCUGAAGCACAUUUCGAUGUUGGGCUUGAGAAAAGCAAAACAAUCAAGAGAAGUAUUAUAUUCAAACCAAUGAUUCAACUUGGAACAGAGAAGAAAUCGAAAUAAAAGGUCACAUCCUUCUGACAUUCAGACUGAGGAGAAACCAGGCCCUUCGCUUUCUUCAUAUAAAUCGAAACUAGCAGCUGUUAAGGGCAAAAGAAGAAGAAAUGCUCAAAGCGUGACAAACUUAGGUGCUAAAAAGAUGUCGCUAAGCCCCAAGAAAGAACAUGAAAAGAGCUAUCUUCCUGCAGUCAGAUCGUCAUUGCCUUCUCUGAGUAGUGUGUUUCAGUCAAAAUCUGAAAAAGGACCAGCCAAGUUGGCUCUUAAAUAAAUUUGGAAAUUAUCCUAUCAGGGAAGAUGCGAUUCACUUCUUGACAUAUGUUGAGGAAGGAGAUUCGCAGGAAAACAUGAUACGUCGGAAAAAGCGCCACUCUAGCUCUAUCAGCACUCCUGUGCUAGAUAAGGUUAUGAAAGCGCCUCAGAGUCCUCAACAGGAGUCUUCGAAAUAUGAAUUGACCAAUAAUUGGCAUCUCAGAUUUAUGCUACCUAAUGCAGGAUUCAAAAAUCGGUUUCAUACUGAAUGCAUCUCCCAGGCGGAAACCACGAAUUUUCAGCUAGAGCAGAACAGAAUUAUUCGUGAAGCCAAACUUGAAAAUACAAGAGCGAAAAGAGAGAAGCGAAUGCUCAAGUGCAAAGUCUCGAAAAUUAUGAGGGACAAAAUCCCUGAACUUCAUGAAGAUCAGAGGCUCAGAGGGGCAGACCAGCACAAAGAAAGUGGUUUAUUCAAUCGUGGUCAAGCCAAGUCCAACCAUAAUUCCCCUAAAAGUCCUAUUCCGAAAAUAGCUGAUGAUAUAAAGAAACAAGAGCUAAAAUAAACAUCUUAACAAGCAAGAGUACAAGUUGGUGACCGAGACCCAUCCAAAAUACUAUCUAAUGACUGGAGAAAUGAUUGAGAAGGAUCACCAAGAAGAAAAAAUUCAUAAAUAAAUUAGCCAGGCAAGCACGAAGAGAACAAAAACAGUUUUAUAGAACUGAGAUACUGAAGUUUUACGAGGAUCAGAACUUACAGCUUUAUCAAAGCUCUAUUCCUCAAGUCCCAAUCCCGAAGCAAGCUUCUUUGAAGGUUCUUGAGACUUUGAGCUCAGAAGAAUUUAAGCAGGAAAAGUAUCAGCUACUUUCAGAUAUUCUCCGCAAAUCUGAAGAUGAACAGGACAGACUUCUUGGGAAUAGAAUUCUUAGAAAAUAUGAUCAGAAAGAUCUUGCCGUGAAGGGAUCCGGAAGUCUGAAGUUAGGCACAUCGAAUUAUUUAUGAAGUAGUACAACACUUGGAACUGAUUCGACAUAAU